CCGCGUUCAUGUGUUAGUCGUAUCCAUGUGAUAGUCGUAUCUAGGAAACUCAUACAUUUCCGACUUACUAUCUGGUAGAACGCGGCACGUGUAUAAUUACAACCACUUAUCAAGUCUGAAAUUUCCGAGUUUCCUAGUUCUGAUAGCACGUGAAUGCGGCAAACGUUGAGCUUCACAGUGACGUCACACCAAACUAGCAAAUUACUUCCUUGGAGAUGACGGGCGCGCUCCGUCGUUAGGGACACUGCUGUGCGUAAUACAGGUCAGCAAUUAAUCCAGGACAUUGAAGAAGUUUAGUUGGUAAUAGGUGUUAUCAGCAAUAGUAACAAUGCCUCAAAAUGCAAUAGUUAUCGUGCGCUACGGCCCAUAUGAAUCGUGUGGAAUCGUGGACCACAGAACGUUUCGUCUGAUUGGCCUCCAAGCUGCAUUGAAAGAGGAUGGACAUCAAAGUGUCUUGGAAAAAAUGUCUGAUUGGAACAAGGUGGAACUUGAGGUCAGUGGAGAAUGUGUCUACACAUGCAGCAUAAAACAGCUGGAGUUUGGAGGAGAUGGGAAACUGGACCCCCUAUGCAAGGAGGCCGUCACUGCUGUGCAGAAUGCAUACUGAGAUACACCCACACUCUACCAGGAGAUUGGUCAAGGGGAUGAAUCUAUGCUAAUCUAAUAGUAAACCUGAAGAGUAACACAG